GUACUCUCCUGGCAAAACUGCUGGCGAGUGUAGUCUUUCUGCAGAAAGUAAAAAUGGCCUUAUUCAGUAAGUUAAAUUUAUGUUCAAGUGCUAUUUCUUUACGACACCGGAAAACAAACAUUUCAAACACCAUGCUGAGAACUCAGUCCUUGUUUUGGGGAGGGAUGCACUUGGAAGAUUCGAGCUAAGGUACGAUCCUCCCUAGGUAUCCGCGGGUCAUUGUUUUCAGGACCCCCGCAGAUACCAACAUCCGCCAUGCUCCAGCCCCUUACAUUAUGUGGGGGUGCACGGUGGGUCCUUCCCAUCCGCAGGUUCGGCAUCCGUGGAUAGGGAGUGGAUACAGAGGGCGGACUAUACAGCUUGAAAGGCUUCCCUGGAAGCAAUAUGUAGAGUGGAUUGUGGAUGAGCAAGAACAGAAGCGGGGAGGCUUGUCCAGAGCAUACAGGGGAAGGAUGUACGGCCAAGGGAGGAAUCCCAGACGACCGCGAUACGUGACAUAUUUAUGUUUGCACGAAAAUAAAGUUUGGAAGAAAAGUGUUGGGGGAACAAGGGAUUCAUUUUCCCGGGGUAGUUGGAAUGCAAUGGGACGCCUCAGGCCGCUGGGACAGGCUGGCCUCCGCGCGGGGGCGCCCGAGCAGCCGAGCCGCCGGGCCUUCCGGCUGCCCCGCCGGAAGUGCUCUCCUGACCCGCCGCUGUGCAGCGCACCGCACCGCGGGAAGAUGGCGUUGGAGGUCGGCGAUAUGGAAGAUGGGCAGCUUUCCGACUCGGAUUCCGACAUGACGGUCGCACCUAGCGACAGGCCGCUGCAAUUGCCAAAAGUGCUAGGUGGCGACAGUGCUAUGAGGGCCUUCCAGAACACGGCAACUGCAUGUGCACCAGUAUCACAUUAUCGAGCUGUUGAAAGUGUGGAUUCAAGUGAAGAAAGUUUUUCUGAUUCAGAUGAUGAUAGCUGUCUUUGGAAACGCAAACGACAGAAAUGUUUUAACCCUCCUCCCAAACCAGAGCCUUUUCAGUUUGGCCAGAGCAGUCAGAAACCACCUGUUGCUGGAGGAAAGAAGAUUAACAACAUAUGGGGUGCUGUGCUGCAGGAACAGAAUCAAGAUGCAGUGGCCACUGAACUUGGUAUCUUGGGAAUGGAGGGCACUAUUGACAGAAGCAGACAAUCCGAGACCUACAAUUAUUUGCUUGCCAAGAAACUUAGGAAGGAAUCUCAAGAGCAUACAAAAGAUCUAGACAAGGAACUAGAUGAAUAUAUGCACGGUGGCAAAAAAAUGGGAUCAAAGGAAGAGGAAAAUGGGCAAGGUCAUCUCAAAAGGAAACGACCUGUCAAAGACAGGCUAGGGAACAGACCAGAAAUGAACUAUAAAGGUCGAUACGAGAUUACAGCGGAAGAUUCUCAAGAGAAAGUGGCUGAUGAAAUUUCAUUCAGGUUACAGGAACCAAAGAAAGACCUGAUAGCCCGAGUAGUGAGGAUUAUUGGUAACAAAAAGGCAAUUGAACUUCUGAUGGAAACCGCUGAAGUUGAACAAAAUGGUGGUCUCUUUAUAAUGAAUGGUAGUCGAAGAAGAACACCAGGUGGAGUUUUUCUGAAUCUCUUGAAAAACACUCCUAGUAUCAGCGAGGAACAAAUUAAGGACAUUUUCUACAUUGAAAACCAAAAGGAAUAUGAAAAUAAAAAAGCUGCUAGGAAGAGGAGAACACAAGUGUUGGGGAAAAAGAUGAAACAAGCUAUUAAAAGUCUAAAUUUUCAAGAAGAUGAUGAUACAUCACGAGAAACUUUUGCAAGUGACACAAAUGAGGCCUUGGCCUCUCUUGAUGAGUCACAGGAAGGACAUGCAGAAGCCAAGUUGGAGGCAGAGGAAGCCAUUGAAGUUGAUCAUUCUCAUGAUUUGGACAUCUUUUAAGUACAUUUUCAACAGUUUGAGGACUAAGCCUUUCUAAAAUAACAUUGUAAUAAACCAUUUUUACUGAGAUUGCAACGUUUUGCACUGAUAAACAUGAGUAUCUGGAGGAAAGACAAUUGUUUUCUUGUUUAAAAUAUGUGCGGAAAGGAAUGCAAUUGAUAGAACAUUUAAAGAUAUAUCUGACAAAAUACUUAAGAGUAUAUAGCACAGGAUUUAAUUUCUCAAUCUGUUGCAUGUGCUAAUUAUGAGUAUUACUAGUUGAUAAUCAGUUUUGUCUAGGUCAUAACAUACUAUUUGUAAGUUUGUUUGCUUUUUCAAGUUUAUCUUUGCAGUGAAUUAUGCUUUGGCUUUAAAACAUUCCACUAAAAUUAUAAUGGGACAUAUAAAUUAUUAAGCUGUUAGAAAUGCAUUCAAAUUUGUUUUUUCUGUGUUCUAAGAACUCAGGCAAUUUUAAGGAUAAAAACUAACAUUGGCCAGGCACGGUGGCUCACGCCUGUAAUCCCAACACUUUGGGAGACCAAGGCGGGCAGAUCACUUGAGGUCAGGAGUUUGAGACCAGCCAGGCCAACAUGGUGAAACUUUGUCUCUACUAAAAAUACAAAAACUAGCCAGGUGUGGUUCUCCAUGCCUGUAAUCCCAGCUACUCCGGAGGCUGAGGCAGGAGAAUCACCUGAACCCGGGAGGCAAAGGUUGCAGUGAGCUGUGAUCGUACCACUGUACUCCAGCCUGGGCGACAGAGCAAGACUCUGUCUCAAAAAACAAAAAAAAUACAAUUAAGAGGUGUAUACUGAUGAUUCUUCCCACUCAUUUGUUUGUCCAGAAGUAAAUAAAUGUCGGAAGUUUUCCAAGUAACUAUUUGUUUUUUGGGGGUUUUUUUUAGUUAGAGUCUUGAUCUGUCACCCAGGCUGGAGUACAGUGGCAGGAUCUCAGCUUACUGCAGCUUCCAUCUCCCAGGUUCAAGCGAUCAUGUGCCUAAGCCUCCUGAGUAGCUGGGAUCACAGGCGUGUACCACCACGCCCAGCUGAUUUUUGUAUUUUUAGUAAAGACUUUCGCCAUGUUGUCCAGGCUGGUCUCGAACUCCUGGCCUCAUGAUCUGCCCACCUCAGCCUCCCAAAGUGCUGGGAUCACAGGCGUGAGCCACCGAACCCAGCCUUAUUCUGCUUAAAUUUAACGUGUUCUUUGACUUCUUAAUUAACUUGGUCAUAUACUAAAUGUGAUCUACUCCUGUGGAUUACCACAUGCAUUAAAAAAAUUUUCAAGCUAGGCGUAGUGGCGCACACCUGCAAUCCCAACACUUUGGGAGGCCAAGAGAGGAAGAUUGCUUGAGCCCAGGAGUUUGAGACCAAUCUAGGCAAUGUAGUGAGACCCUGUCUCUAAUUUAAAAAAGAAAAAGAAAAAAACAUUCCCAGUGGCAGCCUGCCUAAGACUGUCUUACCUUAUGUCAAGGAAGUCAGGUAUUUAAAAUGUUACAUAUGCCGGCACAGUGGCUCAUGUGUGUAAUCCCAGCACUCUGGGAGGCUGAGACAGGUAGAUCAUUUGAGGUCAGGAGUUCAAAACCAACCUGGUCUACAUGGUGAAACCCCGUCUCAACUAAAAAUACAAAAAAUUAGCCGGGCGCGGUGGCUCACGCCCGUAAUCCCAGCACUUUGGGAGGUGGAGGCAGGUGGAUCACAAGGUCAAGAGAUCGAGACCAUCCUGGCCAACAUGGUGAAAACCCCGUCUCUAUUAAAAAUACAAAAAUUAGCUGGGCGUGGUGGCGCAUGCCUGUAGUCCCAGCUACUAGGGAGGCUGAGGCAGGAGAAUCACUUGAACCCAGGAGGCGGAGGUUGCAGUGAGCCAAGAUCGCGCCACUGCACUCCAGCCUGGCGACAGAGCGAGACUCCCUCUCAAAAAAAAAAAAAAAAUACAAAAAAUUAGCCGGGCAUUGUGGUGCAUGCCUGUAAUCUCAGCUAUUUGGGAGGCCGAGGCAGGAGAAUCACUUGAACCCAGGAGGCAGAGGUUGCAGUGAGUCGAGAUCGUGCCACUGCACUCCAGCCUGGGUGACAGAGCAAGACUUUGUCUCAAAAAUAAUAAUAAUAAAAUGUUACAUGUGCAUGAAGUUUUAAAUCACUCAUUUUUAUUAAUGAAGAAAAUAAAGGUAGUUUAGACAUUCCAAGAGUUAACUAUAGUUUACAAAAAUAUAUUAAGCAAAAAUAUGCUUGAUGUAUUAAGCAGAAAUGUUGUAUAUUAAGCAAAAAUGUAAAAUUCAGCAAUUAUAAACUGUUCCUUACAGACAAUGUACUUGAAGUCUUUUGGUAGUUCUGAGAAUGUGGUCAUUGAAGUUGGAUCUAAGAGGAAAGUGGUUAUCGGUUGCUUUUUAUUUAUAAAGGAUGCAAAAAUAAAAUUAGAUUUUUGGCAGUCCUUAA